AAUUUUCCUAUAGGCUUCGACCAAUACGAUACUUUAUUUCUGUAUUUCCUAUUGCUGUAUUUCGAAGGAGUCGAAGCUUGCAGGAGAAAAAUUUCCGUGAAAUAAUCUAAUUAAGAGAAGGCCCUCGUGCCGCUCAGCCCCAGGGCGGCACGGGCGGCGACCAGACGAGCGCGCCGCCGCCAACCUCUUCCUCUUCUCCCCUCCACCUUGCCGCCGCUCGAGCGCCCGCCGGCAAAGCCGGGGGGACGCAAUGACAGCGGCGGCGAGGCUCCCUACCUCCUCUCGCAGGCGCGGCGGCUGGGGCGAUGCCAUGACCGGAGAGAGGUCUCGCGGGUGCAGCGGUCGCCGGCGGCCAGAUCCGGCGUCGGUAGGACCGGAUCCGGUCCCCACACGGCUGGAUCGGGCGUCUCAGCCGGUGGCGACAGGAAGGAGGCGCACGCUCAACGAGGAGCGCGGAAGAGGCGGCGGAAGUGGCGACGUGCGAGGAGGACGACGUUCGCGCGCAGGCCGGUGACGCUCCCGUCACCGGCGGCCCAGGUUCCCGUCCAGAUCCGGGCCGGGCGAGGCGCUGGGAGGUGGCGGCUAGCGGCGGGGGAGAGGUUAACGUCGGGGCUGGAGAGGGUGCGAAGACCGGUGGCAGGCAGGGGUGGCUUCGCGGUGGGCAGCAGCGGCUUGCGCCGAGGUCGCGGUGUUGACGGGAGGUCAGCAACGGGGCUGGAGACGACGCGGAGAUGGUGGCAGGCAGGGGCGGCGUCACGGUGGGCGGGCAGCGGCGGCUCGCUCGCGCCGGUCGCGGCGUCGGCGUCGGCGUCCGUCCGCGCGGGGUCACAGCGGUGGCGAUAGAGGCUGUGGCGGCGUGGUGGUUGCGACGACGACGGAGCUGCAGCGGCGCGGAUGUCGAGCCGGCUUGCGCCGCCCUGGCUGGAUCUGGCCGUCCGCGACCAGUUCCGUCGCCUCCGCGCCGGAGGGCCUGUCUUUGCCGUUAUGGUCGAGGUGAAAACCUUGUUCCGGCUUCGGACGAGCGGCGGCGGCGGAGUUACGACGUCGUGUCCUCCUUUGGGGCGUCGCUUCGGAGAAGUUCCAACACAUUGACGACUGUUGAUGAUGAAGUCGGAGCUACUCGCUGAUGGGGUGCGGUGACGCCUGGCAACGAUGACAUGUUGCAGUCUCUUCCUAGGAGUUGUGGUGCUGGCCGUGUAAAGGAAGUGGCUCCUCGGUGGCUUGGCUGAUGUCCAUUGUUGGAUGUCGGAGCUGCUUUUUGCUUUGGCGACUUUCAUGGCUUUAGUGUCGCUGUGGUUGUGAAGUCGGCGCUGCUGGGUCGCUUGGGCGGCUAGCUCGGCAACGAUAACACCUCUUCUGCGGUGUGGGAGCUGUUGGGUGGCUUUUGUGUUUAGCUUGGCGACGACGUCCUGCAUUUGGGCUCCGCCAUCAUGGUUAGUAGUGUAGCGGUGGGUUUUAGCCGGUUUUCCUGUAAUUAACCAUGCGGAUGUAUGGUUUUCGGGUCCGGUUAUCCUUAUAAACUGGGUCAAUUCUCUUCUUCUAAAUAUAAAAGUGGAACGAAGUUCCGCCUUAUGUUUCAAAAAGAAGCUUGCAGGACAGCAACUUAAGCACAUGUUAUGUAACCAAACCAAACCCGGGAAAUACAGUACACCACUAACUAAAUCUUA